AUUAAGUUGGAAUGAUUGAAAGUGUGUCUUGUACACAGUAGGCUUACACACUUUACACAAUAUAAUCUAAUAAUUGUGCACUUGGCGAAAUAUGCCGAUAAAUACCGAUCGUGACGUCACGUAUUCCACGUUUGAAACAAGAUGGCGUCCUUGAUGUACAUUGUGGCAGCAGCAUUGUUCUUUUGUAACAGUCUAGUCUUGGGAUUUUACUUACCUGGUGUGGCACCAAUUGAAUUCAAGCCUCAUGAUGUUGUUGAAGUCAAGGCUGUAAAACUGACUAGUAUUAAAACACAGCUUCCAUAUGAAUAUUAUGCCUUGCCAUUUUGCAAGCCCACAAAAGGAGUUGUGUACAAGGCUGAGAAUUUAGGUGAAGUAUUGAGAGGAGAUCGUAUUGUCAGUACUCCAUAUGAGGUGAGAAUGGAGGAGAACAUCAAAUGCAGGGUUCUCUGUCAAGAUGAAAAGAAUGACUUUGUCACAGUUUCAAUGGAUAAGGAAAAAAGUAAAGAUCUGGCUGACAAAAUAUUACAUGACUACUAUGUGCACUUAAUCGUUGAUAACCUCCCUUGUGCAACACCUCUUACUAUGCCAGAUGGUCAAACUAUUUAUGAACAUGGGUAUAAACUUGGUGUGGUGUCAGGAAAAGAAGCUUAUUUGCACAAUCAUCUGAAUCUGAUUCUCUUGUAUCACAAACGGGAAGAUGGAGCUAACAGAGUGGUUGGAUUUAAAGUUAAACCCCAGAGUUAUGCAAAAGGAGAAAUUACUUUUGAUCCCAAAGAGGGAAAGUGUGAAUUUGCAGCUUCUAAAAACCCCCAGAAAAUCAAUGAUGAUGCACCAACAGAGGUUUUGUUCACAUAUUCAGUGGAGUGGGAGAACAGUGAUAUCGGAUGGGCUUCAAGAUGGGACAUCUACCUGGCUAUGAGUGAUGUGCAGAUACAUUGGUUCUCUAUCAUCAAUUCUGUCGUUGUUGUUUUCUUUCUUUCUGGUAUAUUAACUAUGAUCAUGGUGAGGACUCUUAGACGAGAUAUUGCUCAAUAUAACAAAGAUGAUGAUUUGGAUGAAACAGUUGAAGAAACAGGAUGGAAGCUGGUUCACGGGGAUGUUUUCCGCCCACCACGGUUUUCCAAACUACUUACAUCUUUAAUUGGUGCAGGCAUACAGAUUUUUUUCAUGGCAUUGAUUACAAUUUUUUUUGCUAUGUUGGGAAUGUUAUCACCAUCUGCUAGAGGCUCUCUCAUGACAGUUGGAAUAUUUCUCUACAUGUUUAUGGGUUUGUUUGCUGGCUAUUUUUCUGCUCGUCUUUACAAAACAAUGAAAGGCUUGCAGUGGAAGAAAGCUGCAUUUCAAACAGCAACAGUGUACCCUGCCAUCAUGUUUGGAGUGAGUUUGUUGCUCAACUUUUUCAUCUGGGGCAAACAUUCAUCUGGAGCUGUUCCAUUCACAACAAUGCUUGCUCUCUUGUGUAUGUGGUUUGGUAUCUCACUACCAUUGGUCUUCAUGGGCUUUUACUUUGGAUUCAGAAAACAGGCUUAUGAGCAUCCAGUACGUACAAAUCAGAUUCCUAGACAAGUACCUGAACAGACCUGGUACAUGAACCCUUUCCUUGGAACUUUGAUGGCUGGCAUUUUACCUUUUGGAGCCAUGUUUAUUGAACUCUUUUUUAUUUUUACUGCCAUAUGGGAAAACCAGUACUACUAUUUGUUUGGCUUCUUGUUUCUAGUUUUCAUCAUAUUGGUUGUGUCUGUCUCUCAGAUUGCUGUUGUCAUGGUAUAUUUCCAGCUGUGUGGGGAGGAUUAUCACUGGUGGUGGAGAACAUUUGUGGUGUCUGGUGGAUCAGCUGUCUAUGUGUUUGCUUACUCAGUCUUCUAUUUCAUCACCAAGCUGGAAAUCACUGAGUUCAUUCCCACCUUGCUGUACUUUGGCUACACCAUAUUGAUUGUAUUCACUUUCUGGGUAUUCACUGGGACUAUUGGAUUCUUUGCUGCCUACUGGUUUAUAAGACGUAUCUAUGGAGCAAUCAAGAUCGACUAGACUAGAGGAUUGACAGGAAUGUAUAUUAAUGUAUAUGAAAGUUAAUGAUGAGUCUGAUCCGUUUGAUUGUCCUGGGAUGUAAAUGUUGUUGAUACAGCGUUGACAGUAUGCAUGUGAUUAGACUUGACACCUGCCUUGUCAGUGUUUCAUGCUACUACGAUCUUAAGUAAUUAGUGCUAACAUAUUGUAGUGUUCACUCUACAUGGUCUAUAGAUUCAUACUUUUGGGAGAGUGCAUGAUUGAAGAUAGAAUUUAAAUGUGUUUAGGUGAGAGUCAAAUUGAACUUCAUUUUUGUUCUAAUGUAGCAACUCAAAACUUGUGUCUUGUAGUUGUAUAAGAGUGGGAAAGAAACAAAUGUGUGAGUGUUUUUGCUUGAUUUACACUAAAGCUUCAAAAAUCAGGUUCUUCUUGUUUAUACUGAUGCCAUUAUGUAGGGAUUUAAAUAAACUUUGUUAAAAGGAAGGCUUGCAUUUAAGGCUGUCACAAGGAUGGUUUAGAAUGUUGUCUUCCCCUGCAAUACUGCAGGAAAUUGUAGCUAUAAGUAUUCCCUUUUUUUUUAAAUACUAGUUUUAUAAAAAAAAUAUCUAUUAUUUACGCUUUUAAGAUUAGGUUUAAAAAUAUAAUUCUAUGGUACCAAGAUUUUGAUGCUAUGGUGUUUAAAGCUUCCUAUGUAGCAAUUUAAAAUUACUGUUAAGUAUAUUCCUAUUUCAGUAUUUGUUAUUUGUCUGACAUUUAGUAUGUUUGUUGGAGUGUGUCUUCAUCAAUUUAAACCAAGCUUGUAUUAAGACUGUUGAUUACAGAUUCAGAUGAGCUUUGUAAAUGAUGUUUCAGAACAACCAUGCGUUAAGCUAUACACUCAUUUGUUCACAUUUUAUCAUUUAAGACAUUCUUGUACACAAAAGAAAUGUAUCUUAGAGUGUCUUGAAGUUGUUUGUCAUUGAAGAGUCUAUGUGGUAUCUUAGAAUGUCUUGAAGUUGUUUGAUGUCACUGAAGUAUUUGAUGAGUAGACACUCAAUGUUGUUAUUUCAUGUUUGAACAAAACAUUGUGAUAUCUUUUAGCUGGUGGGGAUGGUUGCAGUCUAGAGAACAUACAGCUGUGUGUGG